UUUAGACACAAGCGAGAGGAUCAUGGCGGAUGGCCCCAGGUGUAAGCGCAGAAAGCAGGCGAACCCGCGGCGCAAUAACGUUUUCAGUUUAAAUUCUCAACUGGCAGUUGGCCGAAAACUCCCAUCUGAAGACAUGAUCAUCCAAAUGUCAUUUUGUGAUUUGGCUACUGUCUGCUUGAUAUAGGAAAGCACUAUCAAGAAAGACUAAUGGAGUGACUAUCAAAACGAAGUCAAUGGACAACCUUAAACUUCCACCACAAGAGGAAUAUAAAGAGGUCCCUCCUGCACCAAGAAAGAUCUGCAGAUCUUUUUCAGUGUUCUUGGAGGUGUGGGGUGUGAGAACUUGAUCAGUUUGUGUCAGCCACCUUGUUCUCUAAAGGGAAAGCCCCUCAAACAAUUUUGUAUUCUGUAUUACACUUCAGAAAGUGUGGAAGCAAAGGCCAUCUAAUCUUUAAAAGUUACAAAUUAUAAUACUGUGGUAGAAACAAAUUCAGAUUCAGAUGAUGAAGACAAACUCCAUAUUGUGGAAGAAGAAAGUGUUACAGAUGCAGCUGAUUGUGAAGGUGUACCAGAGGAUGACCUGCCAACAGACCAGACAGUGUUACCAGGGAGGAGCAGUGAAAGAGAAGGGAAUGCUAAGAACUGCUGGGAGGAUGACACAGGAAAGGAAGGGCAAGAAAUCCUGGGGCCUGAAGCUCAGGCAGAUGAAGCAGGAUGUACAGUAAAAGAUGAUGAAUGCGAGUCAGAUGCAGAAAAUGAGCAAAACCAUGAUCCUAAUGUUGAAGAGUUUCUACAACAACAAGACACUGCUGUCAUUUUUCCUGAGGCACCUGAAGAGGACCAGAGGCAGGGUACACCAGAAGCCAGUGGUCAUGAUGAAAAUGGAACACCAGAUGCAUUUUCACAGUUACUCACCUGUCCAUAUUGUGAUAGAGGCUAUAAACGCUUUACCUCUCUGAAAGAACACAUUAAAUAUCGUCAUGAAAAGAACGAAGAUAACUUUAGUUGCUCCCUGUGCAGUUACACCUUUGCAUACAGAACCCAACUUGAACGUCACAUGACAUCACAUAAAUCAGGAAGAGAUCAAAGACAUGUGACGCAGUCUGGGUGUAAUCGUAAAUUCAAGUGCACUGAGUGUGGAAAAGCUUUCAAAUACAAACACCACCUAAAAGAGCACUUAAGAAUUCAUAGUGGAGAGAAGCCAUAUGAAUGCCCAAACUGCAAGAAACGCUUUUCCCAUUCUGGCUCCUAUAGCUCACACAUAAGCAGUAAGAAAUGUAUCAGCUUGAUACCUGUGAAUGGGCGACCAAGAACAGGACUCAAGACAUCUCAGUGUUCUUCACCGUCUCUUUCAGCGUCACCAGGCAGUCCCACACGACCACAGAUACGGCAAAAGAUAGAGAAUAAACCCCUUCAGGAACAGCUUUCUGUUAACCAAAUUAAAACUGAACCUGUGGAUUAUGAAUUCAAACCCAUAGUGGUUGCUUCAGGAAUCAACUGUUCAACCCCUUUACAAAAUGGGGUUUUCACUGGUGGUGGCCCAUUACAGGCAACCAGUUCUCCUCAGGGCGUGGUGCAAGCUGUUGUUCUGCCAACAGUUGGUUUGGUGUCUCCCAUAAGUAUCAAUUUAAGUGAUAUUCAGAAUGUACUUAAAGUGGCAGUAGAUGGUAAUGUAAUACGACAAGUGUUGGAGAAUAAUCAAGCCAAUCUUGCAUCCAAAGAACAAGAAACAAUCAAUGCUUCACCCAUACAACAAGGUGGCCAUUCUGUUAUUUCAGCCAUCAGUCUUCCUUUGGUUGAUCAAGAUGGAACAACCAAAAUUAUCAUCAACUAUAGUCUUGAGCAGCCUAGCCAACUUCAAGUUGUUCCUCAAAAUUUAAAAAAAGAAAAUCCAGUUGCUACAAACAGUUGUAAAAGUGAAAAGUUACCAGAAGAUCUUACUGUUAAGUCUGAGAAGGACAAAAGCUUUGAAGGGGGGGUGAAUGAUAGCACUUGUCUUCUGUGUGAUGAUUGUCCAGGAGAUAUUAAUGCACUUCCAGAAUUAAAGCACUAUGACCUAAAGCAGCCUACUCAGCCUCCUCCACUCCCUGCAGUAGAAGCUGAGAAACCUGAGUCCUCUGUUUCAUCAGCUACUGGAGAUGGCAAUUUGUCUCCCAGUCAGCCACCUUUAAAAAACCUCUUGUCUCUCCUAAAAGCAUAUUAUGCUUUGAAUGCACAACCAAGUGCAGAAGAGCUCUCAAAAAUUGCUGAUUCAGUAAACCUACCACUGGAUGUAGUAAAAAAGUGGUUUGAAAAGAUGCAAGCUGGACAGAUUUCAGUGCAGUCUUCUGAACCAUCUUCUCCUGAACCAGGCAAAGUAAAUAUCCCUGCCAAGAACAAUGAUCAGCCUCAAUCUGCAAAUGCAAAUGAACCCCAGGACAGCACAGUAAACCUACAAGGUCCUUUGAAGAUGACUAACUCCCCAGUUUUACCAGUGGGAUCAACCACCAAUGGUUCCAGAAGUAGUACACCAUCCCCAUCACCUCUAAACCUUUCCUCAUCCAGAAAUACACAGGGUUACUUGUACACAGCUGAGGGUGCACAAGAAGAGCCACAAGUAGAACCUCUUGAUCUUUCACUACCAAAGCAACAGGGAGAAUUAUUAGAAAGGUCAACUAUCACUAGUGUUUACCAGAACAGUGUUUAUUCUGUCCAGGAAGAACCCUUGAACUUGUCUUGCGCAAAAAAGGAGCCACAAAAGGACAGUUGUGUUACAGACUCAGAACCAGUUGUAAAUGUAAUCCCACCAAGUGCCAACCCCAUAAAUAUCGCUAUACCUACAGUCACUGCCCAGUUACCCACAAUCGUGGCCAUUGCUGACCAGAACAGUGUUCCAUGCUUACGAGCACUAGCUGCCAAUAAACAAACGAUUCUGAUUCCCCAGGUGGCGUACACAUACUCAACUACAGUCAGCCCUGCAGUCCAAGAACCACCCUUGAAAGUGAUCCAGCCAAAUGGAAAUCAGGAUGAAAGACAAGAUACUAGCUCAGAAGGAGUAUCAAAUGUAGAGGAUCAGAAUGACUCUGAUUCUACACCACCCAAAAAGAAAAUGCGGAAGACAGAAAAUGGAAUGUAUGCUUGUGAUUUGUGUGAUAAGAUAUUCCAAAAGAGUAGUUCAUUAUUGAGACAUAAAUAUGAACACACAGGUAAAAGACCUCAUGAGUGUGGAAUCUGUAAAAAGGCAUUUAAACACAAACAUCAUUUGAUUGAACACAUGCGAUUACAUUCUGGAGAAAAGCCCUAUCAAUGUGACAAAUGUGGAAAGCGCUUCUCACACUCUGGGUCUUACUCUCAACACAUGAAUCAUCGCUACUCCUACUGUAAGAGAGAAGCGGAAGAACGUGACAGCACAGAGCAGGAAGAGGCAGGGCCUGAAAUCCUCUCGAAUGAGCACGUGGGUGCCAGGGCGUCUCCCUCACAGGGCGACUCGGACGAGAGAGAGAGUUUGACAAGGGAAGACGAUGAAGACAGUGAAAAAGAGGAAGAGGAGGAGGAUAAAGAGAUGGAAGAAUUGCAGGAAGAAAAAGAAUGUGAAAAACCACAAGGGGAUGAGGAAGAGGAGGAGGAGGAGGAGGAAGAAGUGGAAGAAGAAGAGGUAGAAGAUGCAGAGAAUGAGGGAGAAGCAGCAAAACCUGAAGGUCUGAUGAAGGAUGACAGGGCUGAAAGUCAAGCAAGCAGCUUAGGACAAAAAGUAAGCGAGAGUAGUGAGCAAGUGUCUGAAGAAAAGACAAAUGAAGCCUAAUCGUUUUUCUAGAAGGAAAAUAAAUUCUAAUUGAUAAUGAAUUUUGUUCAAUAUUAUCCUUGCUUUUCAUGGAAACACAGUAACCUGUAUGCUGUGAUUCCUGUUCACUACUGUGUAAAGUAAAAACUAAAAAAAUACAAAAUACAAAACACACACACACACACACACACAAAAUAAAUCCGGGUGUGCCUGAACCUCAGACCUAGUAAUUUUUCAUGCAGUUUUCAAAGUUAGGAACAAGUUUGUAACAUGCAGCAGAUUAGAAAACCUUAAUGACUCAGAGAGCAACGAUAUAAGAGGUUAAAGGAAGCUGAUUAAUUAGAUAUGCAUCUGGCAUUGUUUUAUCUUAUCAGUAUUAUCACUCUUAUGUUGGUUUAUUCUUAAGCUGUACAAUUGGGAGAAAUUUUAUAAUUUUUUAUUGGUAAACAUAUGCUAAAUCCGCUUCAGUAUUUUAUUAUGUUUUUUAAAAUGUGAGAACUUCUGCACUACAAAAUUCCCUUCACAGAGAAGUAUAAUCUAGUUCCAACCCGUGCUAACUACCUUUUAUAAAUUCAAUCUAGAAGGUAGUAAUUUCUAAUAUUUAGAUGUCUUAGUAGAGCGUAUUAUCAUUUAAAGUGUAUUGUUAGCCUUAAGAAAGCAGCUGAUAGAAGAACUGAAGUUUCUUACUCAUGUGGUUUAAAAUGGAGUUCAAAAGAUUGCCAUUGAGUUCUGAUUGCAGGGACUAACAAUGUUAAUCUGGUAAGGACAGCAAAAUCUUCAGAAUCAGUGUUUGUGAUUGUGUUUGAAUAUGUGGUAACAUAUGAAGGAUAUGACAUGAAGCUUUGUAUCUCCUUUGGCCUUAAGCAAGACCUGUGUGCUGUAAGUGCCAUUUCUCAGUAUUUUCAAGGCUCUAACCCGCCUUCAUCCAAUGUGUGGCCUACAAUAACUAGCAUUUGUUGAUUUGUUUGUUGUAUCAAAAUUCCCAAAUAAAACUUAAAACCACUGACUCUGUCAGAGAAACUGAAACACUGGGAUAUUUCAUCCCUUCAGUUCCUCAGUAUUGAUUUUAUGUUAAUUGACUUUCAGAAUUUCUCUACAGAAACGAAAGGGAAAUUUUCUAAUCUGCUUUAUCCAUGUACUUGCAUUUCAGACAUGGACAUGCCAUUGUUAUUUGACUCAUAACUGUUUCCAAAUGUUAGUUAUUAUGGACCCAAUUUAUUAACAACAUUAGCUGAUUUUU